UGUCCCCUUCUCAUCAUCCCAGUCACUCAGGUACCCAAGCAGAAGUGUCAGGAGUACAGACAGACAGACUCAGCAUCACAGCAACAAUGACCUCAUCAGUCCUGGGGAUGAUCAAGGAGGAGGUGACCUGUCCUAUCUGUCUGGACCUCAUGGUGGAGCCUGUGAGUGCAGAUUGUGGUCACAGCUUCUGCAGAGCCUGCAUCACACUGAACUAUGAGUCCAGCAAAAUCAAAGAAGGAGAAGGCAUCUGCCCUAUGUGCCAAGUUAGUUAUGUGUUUGGGAAUCUGAGGCCUAAUUGGCACAUGGCCAACAUAGUGGAGAGGCUCAAGGGGUUCAAGACCAGCUCAGAGGAGGAGCAGAAGGUGGAUGUCUGUGCACAACAUGGAGAGAAACUCCAGCUCUUCUGUGAGAAGGACAUGGUGGCCAUCUGCUGGCUUUGUGAGAGAUCUCAGGAGCACCGUGGUCACCAAACAGCUCUCAUUGAAGAGGUGGCCAAUAAGUACAAGGGGAUGCUCCAGGCUGCCCUGGAGAUGCAGAUGGCUAAUGAGAAAAGAUGUGACCAGUGGGAAGAUGACCUUCAAAAGGAGAGAACUUCCUGGGAGAACCAAAUGCAGAGGGAUAUAGAAAACGUUCAGAAGGAGUUUAAAGGACUGCGGAAAUUCCUGGACUCCAAGGAGAAGAAUGAGGUGGAGGAGCUGGUGCUAGAGAAGGAAGACACUAUGAACAUCCUGGCAGUGUCUCAAACUGAGCUGGAGAAGCAGAGGGAGUCAGUGAGAGACCUCAUCUCAGAUCUGGAGCAUCGGUUGGAGUGCUCAGCCAUGGAGAUGCUGCAGGGUGUGAAUAGUGUCCUAACAAGGAGUCAGAACUUAAGACUGAAACAGCCCAAAAUGGUCCCGACUAAACAGAGAAAGAUCUUCCAAGCUCCAGAUCUGAAAGGCAUGCUGCAAGUGUUUCAAGGACUUCUGGAUGCCCAGCGCCACUGGGUUCAUGUGACCCUGCCUCAAUGCAACAAUAAAAACAUUGUCAUUAACAUGGACAAAAGACAAAUACAACAUAGAAGUGGUUAUAGACGAAAUUUGGAAGUUUCUGAGUCCUAUGAUUUAGGUGUCCUAGGGUAUCCAGCUAUCCACUCAGGGAAACAUUACUGGGAAGUAGACGUGUCUGGAUGUGAUGCCUGGCUCCUGGGAAUAAAUGAUGGAAGAUGUGCUCAACCCCAGCUUCCUUCAAUGACUCAACAGGGCUUCAAAGACAAAUAUAAUUCUGAUGUUAACCAAGAUGUAAAUUAUCAGCCUGAAUAUAACUUUGGAUAUGAAUACAAAUAUGACUUUGGUGAUAAACAUAUAUAUGCAGAUUAUCAACCUAAAUAUGAAGUUGAAUAUUAUCCUGGUGAUAAACAAUUUUUUAAUUAUCAGCUUGAAAGUGCCUUUGACUGUAAAUACAAACAAGAUUUUGGGGACAAACAAUAUGUGAAUUAUCAAACUAAACAUGAAGUUAUAUAUGAUCCUAAUGAUGGACAGCAUGUAAAUUAUCAGCCCAAAUGUGGCUACUGGGUUAUUGGGAUGAGGAACAGGGCCACACCUGCCCUGCAGAGAGAAAUCCAGCCAGAAGCUCAGGUGCAAGAGGAGCCCAUGAGGAGGGCUUUCUUUCCAUCAUGGGCAGCUUUUGCAAAAAUUCAGGUUCUCUUACUUUAUUCUGAAGGUGUGAGAACAAUUUUAAAUCGCAGAGUUGGAGAAAUUGAGAAGAAAACUCUGUCUUUGCUCUGGUGUCUGCUGAGAGGAGGAGCUCGAGAGCUGCAAAAGGACAGGGAGCAGGGAAUCGUGGUCUUUGGUGUACGGACAGACAGACUCAGCAUCACAGCAACAAUGGCCUCAUCAGUCCUGGGGAUGAUCAAGGAGGAGGUGACCUGUCCUAUCUGCCUAGAGCUUCUGAAAGAACCUGUGAAUGCCGAUUGUGGUCACAUCUUCUGCCAAGCCUGCAUCACUCUGAACUAUGAGUCCAGCAAAGGCAAAGAAGGGGAAGGCAUCUGUCCUGUGUGCCGAGUGAGUUACCUGUUUGGGAAUCUGAGGCCUAUUCGACAUGUGGCCAACAUAGUGGAGAGGCUCAAGGAGUUCAAGUCCAGCCCAGAGGAGGAACAGAAGGUCAAUGUCUGUGCACAACAUGGAGAGAAACUCCAGCUUUUCUGUGAGAAGGACAUGGUGGCCAUCUGCUGGCUUUGUGAGAGAUCUCAGGAACACCGAGGUCACCAAACAGCUCUCAUUGAAGAGGUGGCCAUUAAGUACAAGGGAAUGCUCCAGGCUGCCCUGGAGAUGCAGAUGGCUAAUGAGAAAAGAUGUGACCAGUGGGAAGAUGACCUUCAAAAGGAGAGAACUUCCUGGGAGAACGAAAUACAGAGUGAGGUAGAAAACGUUCAGAAGGAGUUUAAAGGACUGUGGGAAUUCCUGGACUCCAAGGAGAAGAAUGAGCUGCAGAAGCUGAUGAAAGAGAAGGAAGACAUUCUUAACAUCCUGGAAGAUUCUCAAACUGAGCUGGAGAAGCAGAGGGAAUCAGUGAAAGACCUCAUCUCAGAUUUGGAGCAUCGGUUGGAGUGCUCAACCAUGGAGAUGCUGCAGGGUGUGAAUUGGGUUUUAAUAAGGAGUCAGAACUUAAGACUGAAACAGCCCAAAAUGGUCCCAAGUAAACAGAGAAAGAUCUUCCGAGCUCCAGAUCUGAAAGGCAUGCUGCAAGUGUUUCAAGGGCUUCUGGAUGCCCAGCGCCACUGGGUUGACGUGACCCUGCCUCAACACAACAAUAAAAACAUUGUCAUUAACAGGAACAAAAGACAAAUACAACAUAGAAGUGGUUAUAGAAGAAAUUUGGAAGUUUCUGAGUCCUAUGAUUUAGGUGUCCUGGGGUAUCCAGUAAUGCGCUCAGGGAAACAUUACUGGGAAGUAGAUGUGUCUGGAUGUGAUGCCUGGCUCCUGGGAAUAAAUGAUGGAAGAUGUGCUCAACCCCAGCUUCCUUCAAUGAAUCAACAGAGCUUCAAAGACAAAUAUAAUUCUGUUGUUAACCAAGAUGUAAAUUAUAAGAAAAAAUAUGCUGUUAGCUUUGGAUCCAAAUCAUAUUUUGUUGAUAAACAGUCUGAGUAUGAAGCUAUAGGUAAUUCUGAUAAUAAACAGCAUGUAAAUUAUCAGCGCAAAUAUGGCUACUGGGUUAUAGGAAUGAGAAACAGGUCUGUAUAUAAUGCCUUUGAAGAGUGUUCUGUCACCCACAAUGCCAGUGUCUUGCUCCUCUCUCUGACUUGUCCUCCCACUCGUGUUGGAGUUUUCCUGGACCGUGAAGCUUGCACUCUCUCAUUUUAUGAUGUUUCCAACCAUGGAGCUCUCAUCUAUAGAUUCUGUGAACCAAACUUCCCUAAUGCCGUUUAUCCAUAUUUUAAUCCUAUGGAAUGUUCAGAGCCAUUGACAGUCUGUGGGCCGCCCUCCUAAGCCCUCACCCAUAUCUGCAUAGUGUCCCCAGGCCUGAUGUAUCUCACAUGUCUGAGCUCUGUGGGAUCAUUUUAACUUCUUUUUCUGUCUUUGCUUGCAGGGAACCAUCAAACUGCCUUGGCCUAGCUGCCUUGAGAGGCAUGAGUCAUGGGUUUUUCAUGUUAGAGUCUGUGGCUCCUGGGGUACACUUGGGAACAGCUCUUCAGUUCCCAAGAGAUGAGUGCACUCACUCAGGCAGUGAAACAUUAAGGCUAUAUUGCAUUCUCUGUUUGUUCCCCCUAGUAGUCAAGGAAGCAUGGAAAUUUGACAGGACAAUAGGUAUUAGACAUUAAUCUUGGGUACCCUGUAUAACUUGUAAACUUCAUUGUUUUCUGACAAGCAAACUGCAUUGAUCCUGGCAGUUGCCACUAUGAUCUGUUUCUGAUAAAGGUAUAAAAGUCUGAUUGUUCUCAAUAAAAUUUUCACAGCCUCCAUCUUGCUGUGGUCCCUCAA